GGUGUUGUUUCAAUUUCAAAUUAUUUAACCAUUUCAUUCUUCAUGAUUUCCUUCUAUCUCUUCAAUUGAAAUCCUAGAUUUCACAGUUCCGAGAUAUGGCGGAGAAGGUGACGAUAAUGGUGCUGAAGGUGGACCUUCAGUGCUGCAAAUGCUACAAUAAGGUGAAGAAAUUACUCUGCAAAUUCCCUCAAAUACGUGACCAGAUUUACGACAACAAGGCCGACACGGUGACGAUUAAGGUCGUCUGCUGCGAUCCCGAGAGGCUCCGGGACAAGUUAUGCUACAAGGGCGGCGGAUCCAUCAAGACCAUUAAGAUCAAACCACCCCCAAAACUACCUGCACCCGAAAAACAAAAAGAAACCGAAAAACCCAAAGUACCCGAGAAGCCGAAGGAACCCGAAAAACCCAAAGCGCCCGAAAAGCCAAAGGAACCCGAAAAACCGAAACCGAAAGAACCACCAGCUCUACCUGCUGCACCGGCACCGAAGGAACCUGAACCUUGUCCUCAACUGCCAAUGGCGUAUCCGACCUUCGGAUGUUGUUGCACACAAUGCUAUCAUGAAAUUCCCGGAGGACCUUGUUAUUAUUACGGCGGAGCACCUCCACCCCCAUGUUACGGGACUUACAGUAGGCCGGUUUACGAUAGUUGGGGCGGUGGUGGGUAUAGGUAUUGUUACACCAAGCGGCCGAGUGAAUGAUUUAGCGACGAGAACCCAAAUGGUUGCUCAAUUAUGUAAAGCGUAAACGCCGCAAAUGGUAGCGUAUAGUCAACUUCAUGGAUGACGUUACAUCAGUUGA